AUUACAGGCCCGUAUUCUGAAUCUCUUGGACUCUGCGAUUCCUUGACUAGGCCGGCCAAUCUAGCAAUUGGAAGUUGCCAACCACCGGGUCUCCAAACUCAUAUUGCAUUGCCUUACCCCCCCAAUUCACCACAGACAGCCGCUAUCCCUUCCGCUGGCUAUAUUGUCGAUCAACAACUUGGCGGCUGCCCCCAAUUUGUUGUGUCUCCGAUAACUCUUUCCACACAUUCUGGUACGCAGGUCACUCAGGCAGCGGCCCUGCAUUCCAGUUCUCCAAUGCCACGUGCUCGACCUCAGGCAACGCCUUCACCUCCCAUUCACUCGCCCGCUUCCCUUGCUCAAAACAAUCAUUCUAUUGCCCAUCGCUCAGCUCUGUCUCCAGGGCAGCAGCAAACAUUGUCUCAGUACUCGACCAUGCAUCAUGCAAGACAACAAAUCCCACAACUUCAUCAUCAUGCGGCACCCAGCCAGGAGAUGCCUUCACAGAACGGUCUCUACUUGACAAGUCCACACAUGCAUCCUGUACACUCGGUCACACAUACGCCUAUAACCUCUCUGCCUUAUCCCUACCAGUCUGGCUAUGCUCCGCACGAAUCCAAUCAAGCUUUGCUUGCUGGCGGUAGUGGAGGUCCAUCCGGCUCCUCGCUGUCGCCCGGGCCACUUUCUGGCAGUCUUCUUCCACCAAUUUCUGUGACUCUGGCUCAGUCUCCGUCUGGCUUACAUCAUCAUCGGCAGCAGCAACAGCAAAUGCAACCUGGCCAAAGCCACCUAUGCGAACCCCACAAUCAGACGGCCUAUUCUGCCCCUGGCACGCUCAGUCAUGCCUUCCAAACCGGAAUUGCGGAUUCUCUGCAGAUGAGUUCAGCACAACUCUCCGGUUCAGCCUACUCCAGUCCUGAGGUGUUGGCUUCCUCCAGACAACCAACCAGAAUACCGGCAGCUGGAGGUCGGUCGCAAGACUGCUUCUCACAACUGCAGCCCCCGCAGUCCAUACACUCGUCGACAGGCGUACUUGCAGACACCUACACUUACCCUCAAGCACAAACUGUCUCCAGCAGACGUCUGGCUGGACCCUCUAGCAGCUCGUUUCCUCCCAGCGUGCGCGAUAUUUCAGCUGAUCUCACGGCACAGACAGCCGAAGGUGACGCCAGACUCCUUGCCACUACAUGCGGCGAUGUAGUUGGUCUUGCAGGCAACCCUAAUCUGGCUGCGCCGAUCUCGGCCACAGAGGCCACACCUUGGGGCUAG